AUGGAACUGUUGGAAAUGCUUGUCAAGUGCCUGGGCGCUGAGCGACCCGAUCCCGGCUGUCCAGCCCUCAUGCCGCCAACAGGCGAAAUGCCACUCAACCCCAAUGCCUCAACCAUCUGGCCCUGGGGACUGCCAAUCAUCAUCACUUGCUUCGCCCUUACCGGAAUCGCCAUGAUGAUCCGUAUCUUCACCAGAGCCUACCUCACCAGACUCUUCACCUUCGAUGACGCAGUCAUGAUUGCCGCAACAGUCACGUACUUUGCUUUCGUUUCCGUCACUUUAGACAGCAUUAGUAUGGGCUUUGGCAAGCAUCAAUGGAAUGUCACAGUUGGCGAGGGUAUGCGUGCUCUACGCCGCGCCUACUGGGUCCAAAUCGUCUACUGCAUCGCCAUGUAUACCACAAAGCUCGGUGUGCUUCUUCAGAUCAAGUCCACCUUCAACAGCAAGUCGCGAGACUUCAUGUUCUGGUCAUGUUGGACUUGCAUUGUCUCCUUCAGCUGCGUCUAUACCGCAAGCUUGUUCACCUGGAUCUUCCCCUGCAAUCCCAUAAAGAAGAAGUGGGAUCCAUUCAUCCCAGGAACGUGCCUCCCUACUCAUGCUGGACCGAGUCUCCUGAGCGGCAUCAUCAACCUAGUGACCGACGUUGCUCUUUUAUUCCUUCCAAUCUACGUCGUCUCACGCCUACAGAUGAGCAUCAAGAAGAAGUUUGCCGUUUCUGCCAUCUUUGGAGCUGCGCUUCUCGCAUGCGUUAGCAGUGCCGUCCGACUCCACUACACCAUCCUGCACCUCGACAGCAAAGACAACACAUACUGGCUUGCCAUUCUCGCAGUCUGCGCCAUCAUUGAGAUUUCCGCACUCCUCCUCUGCGGUGCCUUCCCUACCUUUCCUCAUUUCGCAAAAUGGCUUGGCUAUGGCUUCAAGUGGCAGUCAACAGGAUACACCGUCACAAACUCCGGAAAAGACUCUCGCUCAAAUCAAUCCGACACGAUCAAUCUGACAGAUCGCCAACAAAAGAGUGUAAACGAUCCAGUAUAA